AUGUCGUCAUCAUCAACAGCUCAAUUAAUUAUUAAUAUAUCCGAACAUUGCAUGAUCGGUUUUGGCCUUUUUAUCUUAUUGAUGGGGCUGAUUGGUAACACACUAAAUAUUAUUGUAUUAAACAAUCUUCGACUCUUUCGAGGAAAUCCAUCUGUUUUUUUCUUCACUUUCGAGUCCAUUUGUAACUUAGCUCAACUUCUUAUAAAUUAUCCAACACGAAUUAUGAUGGAUGGAUUUGCUGUGAAUUAUACGGAUAUGUCACUUAUUUGGUGUAAGAUGAGGGCAUUUAUCGUUUCAAUUCUUACCCUCGUGCCUAUGUUUACAGUUUGUUGUGCAUCGUUUGAUCAAUUUCUUUCAACACAUAAUCAAGCAAAUUUCAGACAAAGAAGUACACUCGUUCUGGCUAAAUAUCUUACAUUUUCCAUUGUUUUCAUUGUCAUUCUGCAUGGUAUUCCAUUUCUUUUUCUCUUUGAUCUACCGCCUUCAAAUAUCUGUGCGACAUAUAAUGCUAUAUUUAGUCGAUACUAUUCAUCUGUGUAUUACCCAGUCAUGCAGGGUGCGUUGCCGAUGUUUGUGGCAUCUCUAUUCAGUAUUUUAGCUUUUCGAAAUGUUCGCCGAAUAGUUCGACGACGAAUUCGAAUUGUUCGUCGUCGACUCGAUCGACAGCUCACAGCUAUGGUUCUUUCUCGCGCAGCUUGUCUUGUGGUUCUCAUUCUACCAUUUACUGCGUAUCGAAUAUACAUACUUAAUAUUACUGUUCAGCCAGAUCAAUUAGUUUUAUCGGCUAUUAAUAAUAAUCUACUUGAAGUAGUCACGGUUACAAUUUUCUACAUUAACUACUCAGCAAACUUUUAUAUUUUCGUGGCGACAUCGUCACGUUAUCGGCGUCAAGUAAUGCAGGUCCUAGUGAAAAAAAUUUGGUUUACAUUCAAAUACCAGCUUCGUUUCCGAUUGAGAUGUGGAAAUGAGAAUCGCAUUGCGCCUGAAGAAAUUCAAAAUUAUGAUGCUUCUAUUGAACUAGAGUGA